AUGAAAUACCUUAUUCUCUUCUCCCUGGUAGUCCAGGGCUUCGCUCUACCCAACAGACAUGAAAGUAAUGAUGUAGUACCUGGCCGUCCUAAUAUACCUGCACCUGGUAGGAAUUCACCUUCUCAACCCGGCAAACCUCACUUAAACGUGCAACCCCAAUUCAGUAAUUCACAUUCUCAACCCGGCGAACCUCACUUAAACGUGCAACCCCAAUUCAGUAAUUCAGGUGUAUCUCCAAGCCAACAAAGCAUCCCUGAAGAGUCCCUAAGCCAGUCCAAUUUCUCAGGAAUAGCCUCAGAUCUAUCCAAUGUCCUACUAGCAUUAAGUCAGUUAAAUAUUUCACAAGAGUUCAUAAGCCAACUUAAUGUCUCAGAAUUGCUCCAAAGCCAAAGCAGUAUCUCACAAUUGCUCCAAAACUUCCCCAAUAUCUCAACAUUGCUUCCAAGUCAACUCUCAGGAUUGCUUCCAGGCCAACUCUUGGCAUUGCUUCCACCACAAAUCAAAGAAUUACUCUCAAGUCAAUUCAAUAUCUCAGAAUUGCUCUCAAGCCAACUCAAUGUCUCAGGAAACACCCAACCCUUAUUUAAUGUCAAUGGAAACAAGCCACUCGAUAACUCACCAAACAGACCUCUAAAUGGGCCAAGAUUUCCUCCUCAUCAACGUCCAAAUGAAAAUAAUAAUGGUGGCAAAAGGAGAUAUCGUAGGUCUAGCAUAGCUAACAUUGCUGGAGUGGUACCACAAACCAGUAAUGUCCCACCACAAGGAAACUUUGUUACCGGAAGUGGAAAAGUAAAUGUGCCUAGCUUAUCAAACAAUUCAGGGAAACCUUUUGGACAAGAACAAAACAAACCUCAAAAACCAGGACCUCAGGCUGGUGGCAUCCAUUUGGAAAAUAAGCCUAAUGAGAAAAAACCUCCACAAGGAAUUAAGACAAGAAACUGAAAGAAGACCACCAGCAAUGGAAGACUAAUUGUCAAGCUUGGGUCUCUACUACAUUUUGUUUGAUUUUUUUUAAAUUGCAAUAUAGUUAUGAAUGAAAAUAAACAAAUCAUACCGGAGCAU